CUGUGCCACUUUUACGCGCAGCCAAAAUGAGCGUGUCUCUGUCAAAGGUGCUCUUCCUGUGGCUGCUGACGAUACCCUGCAUGGAAGCCAUUCACGGAUUAUACAAUUUUGGCCAGCACGAUUUGUUCUACAAGAAGAAUAACUGCAAGCAAAUCCCCGCCAACCUCCUCCUGUGCCAUGACAUCGAGUACACGGAGAUGCGGCUGCCGAACCUGCUGGGACACGAAACCAUGAACGAGGUUCUGCAGCAGGCUGCGUCCUGGAUCCCGCUGGUGCAGAAGCAGUGUCACCCCGACACCAAGAAGUUCCUCUGCUCCCUCUUUGCCCCCGUGUGUCUGGACGACCUGGACGAGCCCAUACAGCCGUGCAGGUCUCUGUGCGAAAGCGUCAAGGACGGCUGCGCGCCCGUCAUGUCCGCGUUUGGAUUCCCCUGGCCCAAGAUGUUGGACUGCGACCGUUUCCCCUUAGACAACGACCUGUGCAUACCUCCAGCGAGCUUGGAGAACUUUGUGCCAGCAACGAAAGAAGUGCCCAGAGUGUGUGAUGCCUGCAAGGAAACUGAGGAGAAUGACAACGAAAUUGUUGACAACCUUUGUAAGAAUGACUUUGCCCUGAAGAUAAAAGUCAAGGAGAUCUCCUACAUCAAUGGUGACACCAAGAUAGUGCCGGAGACCAAGAGCAAGACCAUCUACAAGAUGAAGGGCGUGAGCGAGCACGACCUGAGGAAGACGGUGCUGUGGCUGAAGGAUGGGCUGCAGUGCAUCUGCGAGGAGAUGAACGACAUCAACGCCGCCUACCUGGUCAUGGGCCAAAAGAUGGACGGCCAUCUGGUCAUCACCUCACUGAAGCGCUGGCAGAAGGGACAGCGUGAGUUUAAGAGGAUUUCUCGCAGCAUCCGCAAAAUGCAGUGUUAGAGAGGAAACAACCACGACCUGCAUGAGUUACUGAUGAGCUCUGUCCCAAACUCAUUUAAGAUCCAUCUCUGAAGUCCAACAAAGGUGUUUCCGUGGCAUUUGAGAACACAAAAAAAUCCUAGAAGAAUAACAAUAACGCAAACGCACGGCUAGGUUUAUAAAGUAACAUGGAUUUAAUUUGGGAGUGGAGUAAAAAAAAAAUGCCACAAAUGUGAACUGUACCAGUGCAUAAUUG